AUGGACGACAGAGUAGUGCGGCUGGCGAAAUCUUCGGGGUGCCUCGUUCGAGUGCAGGGGCCCGAUCCCAAGGGCCGUAAGCUGCUGCGGUUCGACUUUUUCCAGUCCAGCAAUGGAACAACAGCCGUGUCAGCGUGUGGUAUCGUGCUGCCGGGGCGACUGUCUGAUCUAGGAACCCAGCUGGAUGGGCAUGUGGUGGGGGCAGGGGGACUGGUGGCAGGGGCAGAGAGCAAUGGCAGGUCCGGGUGGGAUAGGCAUGGGGAAAUGAUGACGGAAAAGGGAGCGAUGGGAGAAGGGGAGGAGGGUAAAAUGAGUGGGUGGGAUCGGGAGGAGGGUAAAAUGAGUGGGUGGGAUCGGGAGGAGGGUAAAAUGAGUGGGUGGGAUCGGGAGGAGGGUAAAAUGAGUGGGUGGGAUCGGGAGGAGGGUAAAAUGAGUGGGUGGGAUCGGGAGGAGGGUAAAAUGAGUGGGUGGGAUCGGGAGGAGGGUAAAAUGAGUGGGUGGGAUCGGGAGGAGGGUAAAAUGAGUGGGUGGGAUCGGGAGGAGGGUAAAAUGAGUGGGUGGGAUCGGGAGGAGGGUAAAAUGAGUGGGUGGGAUCGGGAGGAGGGUAAAAUGAGUGGGUGGGAUCGGGAGGAGGGUAAAAUGAGUGGGUGGGAUCGGGAGGAGGGUAGCAGGUGCGGGUGGAAUGGGGAGGAGGUUACGGUACUUGUGCCUGGUCGGAUUGUUCGAUCCUUUGUCAUGCAGCAGCAACAACCGUCCAACUACCACACUUUGCAGCAGCAGCAGGCUUUCAAAUACCAAUCAGCACAGCAACGCUGGCCCUUUCAGCAGCAGCAGCGGCAGCAGCAGCAGCAGCAGCAGCAGCAGCAGCAGCAGCAGCUGCAGCGAAACCCUUCUGCUCCCCCUCUGCUUCCUGGCACGCGCAUCAAUAUUACCUUUGAGUUUAGGCACCUCAAGAAUAAUCUUCAUGCACACCUACUAACCCUCCUUUCCAUCACUCCCUCUCGCCAGUCGCCAUCCCUACAAGGGCCUUCGCAACCCUUCUCUCUUCCAGCGGAGCUGCUCUGCUUUGUGAGUGCCUGCCUCUGCCUUGCCAGAGAAGAUGUGAGGAGAAGAUGUGAGAAGCGGUUGGAAGAUGUGAGAAGCGGCUGGAAGAUGUGA